AUGAGAAUCUUCGCACCAAACGACGUUGUUGCCAAGUCUCGUUACUGGUACUUCUUGCAAAAGUUGCACAAGGUCAAGAAGGCUUCCGGUGAAAUCGUUUCUCUAAACGUUAUCAGCGAAGCUCACCCAACUACCGUUAAGAACUUCGGUGUCUGGGUUAGAUACGACUCUAGAUCUGGUACUCACAACAUGUACAAGGAAAUCAGAGAUGUUACCAGAGUUGGUGCCGUCGAAUCUUUGUACCAAGACAUGGCUGCCAGACACAGAGCUAGAUUUAGAUCUAUCCACAUCCUAAAGGUCGUCGAAUUGGAAAAGACUGCUGACGUUAAGAGACAAUACGUUAAGCAAUUCUUGACCAAGGACUUGAAGUUCCCAUUGCCUCACAGAGUUCAAAAAUCUACCAAGGUUUUCGCUUACAAGAGACCAACCACUUUCUACUAA